GGUCAAAUUAAGAUAGCAUCAACUUACUAAACGUAAACAAACUUUUGGUAUUGCACAUUUCCGUUGUUUUAACUGAAAAUGCUAAAUGUGCAACGCACCACACUGUUGAGGCCGUGCUUAUGUGCCAUCCAACGUCGCCACCAUAGUGAAGUGCGUGUUCGCUUCGCUCCCAGCCCCACUGGGCAGCUGCAUCUUGGCGGCUUGCGCACAGCGCUCUACAAUUAUUUAUUUGCCCGGCAUGCGGGCGGCAAAUUCCUGCUCCGCAUCGAGGAUACGGAUCAAACACGCCUGGUGCCCGGUGCCAGCGAAAGACUGAUCGAAGACUUGCGCUGGGCAGGCAUUGAAAUAGAUGAGGGCCCAGAUUGCGGUGGAGAACAUGGACCCUAUAUACAAAGCCAGCGCACGCAGCUUUACAGCGAUGCGGUAGCACGCCUGCUGGCCAAUGGCAGCGCCUAUCGCUGCUUCUGCACCGAACGCCGACUGGAGCUGUUACGCAAGGAAGCGCUGCGCACUCGUCAAGUGCCGCGCUACGACAACAAGUGUCGACAUCUCACAGAGGAGCAGUUGCAGCCGCUGUUGGCCAAGCAAACACCACACUGCAUACGCUUCAAGCUAACCUCACACGAGACGCCACUGCAAGAUCUCAUCUAUGGCAGCGUGCAACACAAUGUGAGUGAAACAGAAGGAGAUCCUGUGAUAAUGAAAAGCGAUCAGUUUCCCACAUAUCAUUUGGCCAACGUGGUGGAUGAUCACCACAUGGGCAUAACACAUGUGCUACGCGGCGUCGAGUGGCAAAUCUCCACCACAAAGCAUCUGCUGCUCUACAACGCCUUUGGCUGGCAGCCACCGCAGUUUGGUCAUCUGCCUUUACUGGUUAAUGCUGAUGGCACAAAGUUGAGCAAGCGUCAAGGUGACAUUGGCAUUGCGCAGUUUCGGGAACGCGGCUACUUUCCCACAGCGCUGAUGAACUACAUCAGCUCCGCAGGCGGCGGCUUUGAGCAUCGUGCUCAUGCCAAGCUGCAGCUGCUUUCCUUGUCUGAACUGGCUAAGGAGUUUCGCUUGGAGCUCGUGAACUCGCAUCCCAGUCGCCUCAAUGCACAGCUGCUCAACGAUUACAAUCAGCUAGAGAUCAAGCAACGUUUAACUACGCAACAAUCACGCGAGCAGCUAGUUAAGCAUGUCCAGCAGCUGGUUAAGCAGACAUAUUCUACGCACUCCCAUUUGGAUCUCGCUGAGUCACAUAUUGUGGACGUGCUCAAUUGGGCGGCGCAACGUUUGACUUUGAUUCAGGACUUGACCAGCAGCAAGUUGAGCUUCCUCUGGGUCAAACCCAAUCAAUUUGAGCUCAAGGAUUUAACUGCAAAACAGCUGCAGCAGCUGAUGCUGCAAUUGCAAGACUUGAAGCAGUUUGAAAAGGAUCAACUGAACGACACUUUAAAGAACUUUGCCAAAUCCAAAGCUCUCAAAUUCCCUGCGCUGAUGAAAACGCUGCGUGGCGCUUUGAGUGGCCUGCAAGAAGGUCCUGGCGUAGCUGAAAUGAUGGAAAUCCUUGGCAAAGCUGUGGUACUCGAGCGGCUUGAGGAGUGCAUGAAAAAGGCGACGCAAGUGGAGUCGACACGAGUGCAACAACUCUGA